AGAAAGAAACUCUAAUGUGCAUAGAAAAAUGUAUGACAGAGAACUUAGUCAACAAAAAUAGGGAUUUGGUUUAUGGUGCCUCGUAAGUUGGAAAUUUCAACUUUGUAUUUUGGGUAUGGAGCUACCUGGCUUUACGGAGACCGUUCCUCUUUAAUCUGCACUAGAUCACUAUAUAAUAAGCCUUGCAUGGUUAUUGUUCUUUGCAUCAGCGUCUAAGAUCUCUCUUAUUAUACACAAGCACGCACAUAGAAACACACAGAUCAAGCACACACUUACAUAUACACAGAUUCAAAUGGAGCGUUCAAUGCGUCUUGUUUCAGCCGCCUUUGUUCUUGUCUUGCUUUUGGCCGCUACCGAGAUGGGGCCAAUGGGUGUUAAGGCAAGGACUGAGUCAAGCAAGGCAGUUGAGGGGAAGAUCUGUGAGGUUCCAAGCACCCUGUUCAAAGGGUUGUGCUUUUCGUCUAACAACUGUAAACACACCUGCAGAAAGGAGCAAUUCACCAGAGGCCAUUGUAGUGUCUUGACCCGUGCUUGCGUGUGCACCAAAAAGUGCUAAUUAAUUAGUUAAAAAGAAAUGUAAUCUGUGUAGAGACCGUGCUUGUGUAAUGUGAUGGAUUGAUAUGGCCCUGUAUCCACAUGGUUGCUUUUGCUAAUAAAUUGAAUGACCCUGCAUGGAUCAUUAUUCA